AUGAACCUUACUUCGACUGCGCCCGUUAUUUCUAAGAGUGGCUCAGAUAUACAGACGCAAGAUGGAACCAUUCACGUUCGCCCAUACCGGCAAGCAAACUCAAAGCAGCUGCGCGCAGUCAUCACAUUCACUCCUCGAUCUUCUGCCUUUGAAGCUUCUGGCUCCGACCCAUUUAGAGGUUUCUAUAGCUUAUUUUGGAUCAGCAUGGUCCUUCUCCUCCUCCGUACCUAUGUCAACAACUUUUUCCAGAACGGCUACCCCCUCAGUAUGGUCUUUGCCACACUUUUCACUCGAGACGCAAAGACGUUAGCUAUUAGUGAUGCUGUACUGGUUUCGUCAACAUUCAUAUGUGUUCCUUUCGUCAAGGCGCUACAAAAGGGACAUAUUCGGUACUAUUAUACCGGUCAAACUAUCCUUCAUGUCUACCAAGUCAUAACUCUAGCACUCGCUAUUCAAUGGACGUUUAAUCGCGAGUGGCCCUGGGUACAAUCUGGCUUCUUUACUCUUCAUACUCUCGUGAUGCUCAUGAAAACUUAUUCCUACGUCGCCACUAAUGGAUACCUCUCCGAUCUGGCCCGUAAACGUGCUCUAACCGAAGACCAACUUCGCAAGUCAACAGAAUCCGUCGGAGGAUAUGAAGUUGCGCUUGCCGAGGCCAAGGAGGCCGCCCCCCAGAGUCCUGGUACUCAGACAGUGACUCCUAUAGGCACACCUUUAUCAGACAAAGAGGCCAUUCUGGAUCAAGUUAAGCUACGCCAGCGACUGAACUCGGCCGAGCAAGUCAAAAAAGAUAAUACUAUUGCUCCACCUAAAACAUCAUCCUAUUUACCCAUGGGAGAUACACCCGAAAUACCUCCCCAUCCACUAGUUCAUCAUCCUUCGUCUAACAUCGCCGUUUUGGCUCAGAGCCUGACCGAGAUGGAUUUAGAGCUAACUUCUACUGGCAAAAAUCGAGUUCAAUUCCCCAACAAUAUUUCCUACGCUAAUUUCCUAGACUUCCAGAUGGUCCCCACUCUCUGCUAUGAACUAGAAUAUCCUCGCACCGAACGAAUUCGGCCCUUGUACAUUUUUGAAAAGACCGUUGCUACGUUUGGCACAUUCACGCUGCUAUAUACCAUCACGGAACACUAUAUUAUUCCAUUAACUCCGACUUCUGACCAGUCGUUUGCGAGGUCAAUGUUGGAUCUUGCUUUACCAUUCAUGUUAUCAUACCUAAUUUUGUUUUACAUCAUAUUUGAGUGCAUAUGCAACGGUUUCGCGGAACUGUCGUGCUUUGGUGAUCGAGAAUUUUACCAGGACUGGUGGAACUCUACCUCGUUCGAUGAAUAUGCUCGCAAAUGGAACAAACCCGUCCAUGCAUUUCUUUUGAGACACGUCUACCAGGCUUCAUUGUCGUCCAAGCGCGUUUCGAAGCUCUCCGCGACGUUUUUUACAUUCCUCCUGUCUGCGGUGUUUCAUGAGCUCGUUAUGGCCGUGGUCACAAAGAAGAUCAGGAUGUAUCUUUUUGGCUUGCAGGCUCGUCUAUUUUCCACCAACCAAUGCCUUCAAAUCCCGACACAUUCCCAGUUACCAACUCCAAAGGACGGAGGAACAAAAGAGGACAAACCGACUAUCCAUGAGAAUAUAUAUACUAUUCCAAAUGCACUGACUGUCUCCCGAAUUAUUGCCUGCCCUGUGCUGGGUUGGGCGAUAUUGGAGGGCAAGUAUGGCUUCGCGACGGGGCUCUUAUUGUAUGCAGGAGUCACAGACUGGAUAGACGGAUACCUAGCCCGAAAGUGGAAUAUGAGAACGGUCAUCGGCACCAUCCUCGAUCCCGCGGCCGACAAGACAUUGAUGACCACGCUGACUGUUACACUCGCUAUGAAAGGACUACUUCCUGUUCCAUUAGCGGCGAUCAUUCUUGGGCGAGAUGUGCUACUGAGUAUAUCAGCAUUCUAUUACCGCUACAUAUCACUACCUCCUCCAAAAACAUUUGAGAGAUAUUGGGAUUUUAGCAUUCCAUCAGCAGAAGUUCGUCCCACACAAAUUAGCAAGUACAAUACAUUCCUCCAGCUCAGUCUAAUGGGAGCAACGACUAUAGCCCCUAUCAUACCUCUCGAUUUAAGUAUGCAACUGUCUGCACUUCAACUUACUGUUGCAGCAACCACAAUCUGGAGUGGGCUCAGCUAUGUAUUUUCCAAGGAUGCCGUUAAGAUCCUCUCCCAGCAUAGACCGCCAAAACCAUAA